AUGGCUCUACAUCUACUCGAAGCUACUUUAACUCAAGGUCCAUCUUGUUCAGGUGAUGAUAUAGCUGAACUUGAAGUUCAUGUACGAAAUGAAAUCGAACGUUAUAUUCAAUUGGAAAUUGAACGAGAAUUAUAUGAACUUGUUCAAACAACAACGAAUGAUACAUUAUUAACUCCAACAAUAUGUUCAACGUAUCUUUCAGGUGGUGAAUUAAAUAAUGAGACAUCAAAAAAACGAAUUAAAAAUGAUAGUGAUGCUGCUAAAUCAAGUGCGAAAACAAGUAUGGAACUAGAUCAACAAUUAACCGAAUUAAAAAAUAAAUAUUUAACAAAAAUUGCUGGACCAUUAUCAACUUUAGAAGCUUUAAAACUUAUUGUUAAUAAACAAACAAAUGAAAAACUUCAAUUAGAAAAUGAAAUUACUAAACUUAAACAAUUAUUUAAUGAAUAUAAUCAAUAUGAUGAAUAUUCAACAAAAAUGUUAGAAAAUAUUAAAAUUCUUAAUCAAACACAAUUAGCUGUUUCGAAACAUGAAUCAUUAAUAGAUUUAAAUAAUCCAAUAAAUUCCAAUGAUAAUCAAAUUGAUAUUGAUCAAUUUGAACAAUUAUCAACUUUAUUAUUACAUAAAACACUUAAUUUACCUUUAAUUAAUAUGAAAGCUAAACAUUUACAUAAACCAGAAAAAAAAUAA